ACGUCCUUGACACACCUCCGCGCAGCAGUCAACAUGGCUCUGAACCGGCUCUCUCGCUUCGGCAUUAUCUCUGUUCGAACAUCAAAAUGCACAUCGUUUGUCCGCUUGUUUUCAGGCAGUGCACCUCUCAGCAGCCAGCAGCCGGUUGGGUUUGUUGGUUUGGGACUGAUGGGCAACCACAUGGCACGUAACCUCAUCAAGAAAGGCUACCCUCUCAUAGUGUAUGAUGUCUCCAAAGAUGCUGUAGAAGGACUACGAAAGGAUGGUGCAACAGUGGCAGCAUCCCCAGCAGACGUAGCUGCUGCCACCAACAACAUUGUCAGCAUGUUGCCGGAGAGUGUCCAUGUCGAGACUGUCUAUGCCGGAGACAAUGGCAUCUUCAGCAAGCUCCAGAAAGGCAGUUUGCUGAUAGACAGCAGUACCAUUGACCCUGCGGUGUCCCAAACCAUGGCCCAGGUGGCAGAGAGCAAAGGAGCAACAUUUGUAGAUGCCCCUGUAUCAGGAGGUGUGAAUGCUGCACGGGAUGCUCUUCUGACAUUCAUGGUGGGUGGAUCGGACGCGGGAUUCUCUGCUGCCAAAGCUUAUUUGGAACUCAUGGGCAAAAACGUUGUGCACUGCGGUCCUGUUGGGACAGGUCAAGCAGCCAAGAUCUGUAACAAUAUGUUGCUAGGCAUCUCCAUGAUUGGGACGUCAGAGACCAUGAACCUGGGCAUGAAAUUCAUGUUCCCCAAGCUCCUGGCGAAGAUCCUCAACAUGAGUUCUGGUCGCUGCUGGUCCAGCGAAGUCUACAACCCAGUGCCCGGUGUGGUGGACGGUGUUCCCUCCAGCAACAACUACCAAGGGGGCUUUGGGAGUGCUCUCAUGGCCAAGGACUUGGGUCUGGCUCAGAGUGCCGCCACAGCCAGCAAGUCCGCCACUCCUCUGGGCUCAGCAGCUCAUCAGAUCUACAGGACCAUGGUCAACCACGGCUUUGGGGGCAAGGACUUCAGCUCAGCCUUCAAAUUUCUUCAGGGUGAUGAAAAGAAAUAAUCGGUUCCUGUACCGGUAUAUUACAGACCAGUGUUUGUUGUGAGGGACAAGGUAUUGCUUCUCAGGCACUCAUAUGUCAGCCCAAAACAGGACACUUUUUAUUUGUCAAUUUUUGUAUUUUGACAUACACUGUUUGAAAUUACGAAUCAUAUGCAAGGGACCCUAUUGAUAAGCCUCAUUUUAAAGGUUAAGCAAUUAAGUGGUUUCAGGUUUAAACCAGGCAUUAAGCUGUGUAUAC